UGUUCAUAAGUCUGUUAGUCGUGGCUGGCAUCCGCCAAAUUUUCUCCGCGCCUCCGCCCCUCCCCAGAGCAGCAAGGCGUUUGUUAGACAUGUUAGGAUGGACAGAAACGGCCAGGUGGAACAGAAAGCGAAAGGGCACGCAAAAAGAAAGUACGUCAAGAAGGAGCAACAAAAUGUUGCAAAAUUACGGAUCUAUUCACCGCAGGUCAAUUUCAUCUGUAUAUUAUCCUUAUUAUUGUUAAACAAUUCUGAAUGCGUGACACAAAUUCAUGUUUCAUUCAAAGUUUAAUGCAGUCGUAAAAUGAUUCAUGAGCUGCACGGCCUAUGUCAAGUCAACAAGAACCUGAGCAGGAUGACCUUCGAUGGGAAAGUGGUUUGAUUGGAAACAUUAACUGAACACAAAGAAGUAUAUGAAGUGUGAGGAUGAAACUUUAAUUUCUGCUUUAUGAAGACACCUCGUCGACUGUUUCACAAUGAUUUCUACUUUAAGGUUUACUUUCAUUAUUGCUGCUAUUUUCUUCCUGAAACUUGAACUGUGUUUCUGCCCUUCUGGACAAGCUGAAUAUGAGAAUAAUGGAGGAUGCUGUUACCUGUGUGAACCUGGAAACCACAUUUAUAUACAUCGCACUGAAUUUACCAGCACAAAAUGUGUGCCAUGUGUUGACUCAACUUACAUUGAAGACCUCAACAGUCUUUUAAUAUGCAAAACUUGUACAGUGUGUGAGGCAGGAUUAAAAGUGAAAUAUGCCUGUACACAAACUUCAGAUACAGUUUGUGAACCACUGGAGGGAUUUUAUUGUGUUCAUGAGAACAUGGGCAGCUGCAUAUACGCUGUAGAACACACAAAAUGCAAACCUGGACAAUACAUAAAGCAGAAAGGAACUGCGGUUAAAGAUGCUGAAUGUGCAGUCUGUCCAGAUGGUACCUACUCCAGUGGUUCCCUUCAAAUUUGUAAACAACAUACAAAAUGCCAGGAUAAAGGUCUUGAAGAAAUAACACCAGGAACAAGUUCUGCUGAUGUUAAAUGUGGAAAAAACCCUCCAGUAACUCAAAAGAUUGCACCCAUAGUUUUAGUGGUGGUCAUCGUUUUGGUUCUAGCUGAAGCACUGAUUUCACAGAGAAGACCUUUCUUCGGCUACCAGCUAAUGAGGUUUUAAUUCAGACAUGCAAUUUGGAAACACCAAGGAACCUGCGUACCCAAGCAUGGGCAAAUUCCAGGCACAUGUGUGAAGUGGGAAUCAAACUGCUUCAACUGAGGCCAACUGAACACACCAAACUCUGACACAACCUCUUAACCUCUCAAGACAAAGAAGUAAAGGCAACAAACCAACAGGGAAGCAAGACAGGCAGCAUCAGUUUUAAUAUACAUAUCUGCACUUAGAUUUCGAUGCAUGCUAUCAAAUUAUGCUACCUAUAACUGCUAUAAAAUUAUGCUAUCAAAUUGUUAUCAAAUCUAUGCAUGCUAUCAAAUUAUGCUACCUAUAAUUUUUUUGCUACUUAACACUUCACCACAAAGACUGACAAGCUUGGGAAUUGUUGCAUUCGUUUGAUUGAUUAUGUACUGGGAGCAAUAAAACACGUGUGUACGCUGUGUAAAGCAAAAAAAGUCUUUCUCUCUCCCUCUCUGUAUCAGCCUACACUUUGUAAUUGGGCUAGUGAUGGGUCGUUCAUGAACGAUUCCUUCUUUUUGAACAAAUCUUUAACGUGACUCAGUUCAUUGUAUCGUAGAGUAGUUAAUAAAUUCUUGUUUCUUUAUAAAGAACUGUUGUCUUGCUCAUGUAAUUUAAAGUUUAAACAUUUACCCAGAUCUUACGUUACCUUGCUCAUAAAUAUAAAAGACCAGAUUUUGUAUUAUCAUCAUUGGCCAUGGGAUAAACAGAAUUGGUAAGAUACACUAAAUCAUGCCGGUGGACAGAUAGAGGAUAAAGUUUAUGCUAUAAGUUGUAAAUCAGUUAAUUAAAUUAACCCGAAUCUUUUCAGAUUUGAUUUAUCUCUGACAAGAGCUAAAAUCCUACAAACUGUACAUUCAAUAAAUGAUCAAUACAUGUUUUUAUUUUAUUAUUAGAGAUACUUAUUGUGUAAAUCUGUGUAAUGUGCGGUGAAAUAUCUAUAUGAAGUAACAUAAAAAUUGU